AUGGAUGCCAGCAGCUCCGCCCGUGGAGCCGCCGCUGCUGCCUCUUCUUCUUCCUCGCGGAGCUCAAACCGCUGGAAGUACGAGGUGUUCCUGAGCUUUAGAGGUGAAGACACCCGCAAAACCUUCACAGACCACCUCUUCCUUGCGUUACGCAAUGCCGGAAUUAAAACGUUUAUAGACAACCAGCUCAAAAGGGGGGAAAACAUACCGAGGGAACUUGACCAAGAAAUCGAAGGGUCGAGAAUCGCCGUCAUCAUCUUCUCGAAGAGGUACGCGGACUCCCGAUGGUGCCUGAGGGAGCUGUCGAAGAUCAUGAGGUGCCUAAAAGAUCAAGAGGGGAAAAUAGUGUGUCCAAUAUUCUACGACGUUGACCCUUCUCAAGUCAGGAAACAGAAUGGUAGUUUUUCGAAAGCAUUUCGGAAGCACAAAAGGAAUGAAGAUCCAAAUGAGGUCAAGCAGUGGAGAGAGGAUCUUAAGGCUUCUGCGGAUUUGACCGGCUGGAACCUCAAAACCACGGCCGACGGGUGUGAAGGAGUGUUUAUCGAGAAAAUUGUUGAGGACGUCAAUGAACUACUGAAAACCACAGACUUAGAAGCCAAGCACUUAGUUGGAAUGGCUUUUCGCGUGCAAGAAUUCAGUACUAAAUACUUAGACGCUGGAGGUUCAUCUGAUGUUCAAAUAAUUGGAAUUUGGGGUAUGGGCGGUAUAGGUAAAACAACGCUUGCCAGAGCCAUUUGUAGCAAUUAUCAGCACAAUUUUAGUCGUCAAUGUUACCUUGAAGAUGUGAGAAGUAAAAAGAAAGAGAUGAUUAGUCUGCAAGAACAACUUCUUCGAGAUAUUUUGAAACGGCCUGACAUUAACGUAAGCAGUGUUGCCGAAGGAACCAAGGAGAUAGAGAAAAGACUUGGAAGCAUGAAAGUACUCAUCGUAGUUGAUGACAUAGAUGAUGUGGACCAGUUAGAUGAGUUGGCGAUAGAACACAAAUCGUUUGGUUCAAGGAGUACGAUUAUUAUAACAACAAGAGAUGAACAAGUGUUGAAUAUAAAGAAGGUGGAUAAAAGAUAUAAGGCACAAGAAAUGACUAAUGAAGAAGCUCUUGAGCUCCUUAGUUGGCACGCCUUUGGAAAUCCUUGUCCCGACGAAGAAUAUAUUGAACUCGCAAGAGAUGUUGUUGACUAUUGUGGAGGAUUGCCCCUAGCUCUGAAAGUUGUUGGUCGUUUGUUGGCUACGAAAAAGAGUAAAACCACAUGGGAAAGUACAUUGGAUAAAUUGAGAAAUAUUCCAUAUCGAACAAUUCAUGAAACGCUUAAAUUAAGCUACGAUGGGCUAAGUGAUGAUCAUGUGAAGGAUGUGUUCCUUGACAUAUCUUGUUUCUUUAUUGGAUGGAGUAAAAAUACUGUCACGGCAAUAUUGGAUGGUUGUAGUCAUUUUUCUGUAGAAGCAGAAAUUAACACACUCUGCGAUCGAUGUCUCUUAUAUAUUGAUGAAGAGGGAAUAUUGAGAAUGCAUGAUUUGAUUCGAGAUAUGGGAAGAGAAAUUGUGCGGGUAGAAUCUCCUGUGAAAAUGAGAAAACAUAGUCGAUUGUGGCGUAGUGAAGAUGCAAAAAGAGUGCUGAGGAACGAAUCUGGAACUGAAGCAGUUGAAGGACUAACCUUAGCUUUGCCAGAAGAUUCUGGUGACGAGCAAAGCUUCAGUACAGAAGCGUUUAAGAAGAUGCGGCGUUUGAAAUUUCUCAUGCUGGAAAAUGUAAAGCUGACUGGAAGCUACAAACAUCUUUCCAAGGAGUUAAGAUUGUUGAUUUGGGAUGGAUUUCCUCUUGAAGCCAUACCAGCAGAUUUUGAUCAACGAAACCUAGUUUAUUUAGGCCUGAGCUACAGCAAGAUCGUACGAGUUUGGGAGGAUUCGGACCUGUUGCCUAAGAAGUUGAAGCAUCUCAUUCUUGUAGACUGCCAUGACCUGACUGAAUUACCAGACUUUUCAAAACUCCCACUUCUCGAGGCAUUGAUCCUCAGUGGCUGUAAGGGUUUGUGUGGGGGUUACCAUUUUUUAACACAACUGAAGGUGAUUGAGGCAUUAGAACUCAGCGACUGCAACAUAACAGAUGGUGCCGUUCUCGAAAUAAUUGGGAGUCUAUCUUCUUUAAGAAUUUUAGAUCUAGAUGGGAAUGGUUUUAAUAGGCUACCCAUUCUCAGUGCCCUUUCUGAGCUUCAGUUUUUAUAUCUAAAUCGAUGCACAAACCUUCAGUCAAUCCCAGAUUUGCCGAACAGUUUGAUUGAAUUGAAAGCGAAUUACUGCACUGCACUGGAAAUAAUGUCCGACUUUUCAGAGACGUCGAAAAUGUGGAAAUUGGAACUGAAAGACUGCCACAAACUCAAAGAUAUUCCAAACUUGGAGAACUCAAUGGACAACAUGGGUUCAAUUCAUAUGGAUGGGUGUACCAGUCUCACUGAUACUUUUAAGGAGAACCUCCAAACGAAAAAUGCGUUUGGUGGAAUUUUUCUCUCUGGAAAUGAUAUUCCUAACUGGUUAGCCUAUGUCGUGAGAGAGGAUGAAACUGUCAAAUUUGAAGUGCCGCCAAGUAUUGAUUAUAUAGGAGGGUUGGCUUUGGGCAUUGUUUAUUCUUCGGACAACUCCGACUGCAUUGGGCCUCUAACUAUUGAUGUUGUUAACUGUACCCAGCGAACUAAGUUUCGCAUCUGGCCUAUGGAGGCCACUGUAACUGCUUCCCAUGAAUAUUAUCUUUGGUUGGGAAAUCUUUCAAACAAGAAGCUCAAUCUGAAAGGCGGCGACAUGGUUCUUGUAAAAGCAGAAUUUUAUGGACAAGAUAAUAGAAUUAAGGUGAACAAAACAGGAGUGGAUAUUGUAAAAUGGGAUUUGUUUGAUGGUUAUACUAAUUGGGAGGACAAUGAGACCAUGUCAUAUGAGUCUGAUGAAGACACUAAUGACAAUACACAGUUGAGCAUAUGCCACGUUUUCCUCUGCUACAAGACCCUCGAGGCAUGGCCGUGGUGCAUUGAAGGCUCUGAGUCUGAUCCGCUCCCUAAGUUCUUCGCCUCCGCUCUCAAAGCUUGCAAGAACGACAUCACCGCUAAGGUCCGUUUUCUAGCUCAAUCCGUCGGCGUUUCUGAUUGCUUUUCUUACCAUUUCUUAUUUCCUGGAGCUACUGAGUUCUGGUGUUGA